ACACCUUUUGUCUGGAAACAUCUGUUGCAGCAGUUUUGCAUGCUUACUUUGUGCUCUAUUGACCACCAUCUCAUGCAUUGCUUUGGAAAUAUUUUGAAGAAUCUUCAGUUAGAAGAUGGCAAGGCAUUAAAUGCUAAUCUGCACCAGAGUCGGUUGAGUCAUUUUUGCAUACUUUUUGCAAUAAACAAAUCAGACAGAGGUUAUUUUGCUGUCAUUGGGGUUAUGUAUAACUAUAUACAGAGAAUACCACCCCCGACAUAUGCAUUCAUAGCCUCGGAAAUUAGCUGAUUUUUGCUGUUUUUGUCAUUCAAGUGAGUAAUAAUUGAUAAAUACAUGUUAACACAGGAAAAAUAUAUACAGCAUACCUAAAUACAUAACACUGGUUUUUAAAAAAGCCUACAAUUUUUACAUAGCUUUAUGCUUCACUUAUGUUUUUUUUUUUUUUUUUGAAAGCACUACUGCUGCUGUAAGAUGCAAAAGUGAAAGACAAAUGACGAGUUACCGCAAGCCUUUUCAGACUAAGCUGGAAUGUGGCCCCACAACAGACAUCAGCAAAUUUGUUAGCGUGUUUGCUUUUAAUGAUCUAUCAUUCAUUAGUGGUGAGUACUUAUACUUUAAAAUUUGAGCCAUUUGGCUUGUUAGCCGCCAUUGUUCAUGAAAAAUGGCAAUUGAGGAGGGAGGGUUCUGGAGCUGAAUCUAAUUGAAUAACUCCAACAGUGACUUUUGUUGAAAAUGUUUUCUUUUUAUUUUAGAUUUUCUAUAAGGUUCAAAACAUUAAUUGUGGGAAAUAAAUCAACUGCUUGUUCGAAAGAACACAAUAAUAGCGAGCAUGGUUUUCAACAUCCGGUAUUUGUGUUGCAACUUCCGCCUAUUACCCUUGUUGUGGCGCGUGGGGAGGUGGGGUGAAGUGGCGUCAUAUCAGACGCCAGCCUGUGAUUGGCUGCCGAGUCUCACCCGACACAGCUGUGAUUGUGUUACCUCAGUAGUGGAAGCUUCAUUCGACCAAGGGAGGCACUAAUGUGUCUUUGUCUUGCUUCUCGUUGCUUGAUGACGAUGAUGUGAAAACAUUUAAACUUUGCUUUAAGAGGUUUAAUAAAGCGACGAGUGGCGUCAGUGAUAGAUCAAGUGCCAAAUGUCCAGCCUGGAGGAGCACUGCUGGAGCUGCUCCUGUGCACCGAGUGUGGAGAGCAAGUUCUCGUCGUCGUCGUCGCCGUCUGCAGCUAGCUGGUUGUCGUCCAAAGGCGAAGAGAUGAUGUCCAUCAUCGCGUCGGUACUGAGCAGCGCCUAUGGCUCUCUACAGCGAGACCGGACAUUCAACCUGAUCCGCCGGGGUUUGGUGCUCUUCACCGUGGGUGUGCUGCUCGCCCUGGUGCUCAACUUGCUGCAAAUACAAAGAAAUGUCACGCUUUUCCCAGAAGAGGUCAUGACAACUUUGUUUUCGUCUGCCUGGUGGAUACCUCCGUGCUGUGGCACCGGGGCAGCUGUGGUUGGUCUGCUGUAUCCGUGUCUGGACAGCCACUUGGGAGAACCGCACAAGUUCAAGCGGGAGUGGGCGAGCGUAAUGAGGUGCAUCGCCGUCUUUGUGGGCAUCAACCACGCCAGUGUUAAACUGGACUUUGACAACAAUGUGCAGCUGUCACUCACCCUGGCUGCCUUGUCGCUAGGCCUGUGGUGGACCUUUGACCGAUCCCGCAGCGGAUUUGGGUUGGGUGUCACCACAGCCUUCCUCGCCACAGUCAUCACUCAGCUCCUGGUCUACAACGGCGUCUACCAGUACACAUCUCCAGACUUCUUAUACGUGCGCUCCUGGCUGCCCUGUAUAUUCUUCUCAGGCGGCGUCACUGUAGGAAACAUCGGGCGGCAACUCGCCAUGGGUUGUGUUGAAAAGCCACACAGCGACUGAAGACAAGAUGACACACCACAAAAGAAAAGGACUUUUUUGUUUUGUCGUCUUAAAGCAAACGUGCCAUGCCAACCCCCCCGGCCCCCACAGAGUGUCUGUCACGCUCAAGGACAGGACGUUUGCCUUUUGGACUUGGGACGCUGCUCAUACUUUCACUUGACUCGUCUUCCAGCAGUGUCGACUCAAAAAGGGAUAUUGAGGGACCUCAGAUGUUCCCUCUUCAAACCAAAUGAAGUAUUGUUUUUAUUUUAUUCACACCCAAAUACGCUCCAUUGUGUCUUUUGCUUCUUAAAGUGACAGUACAUAACGUGAUGUAGGAAUGAAGACAGGCAGGAAAUAUCAGUGCCAAUUAGAACCACCGCAAGUCGCGUCGCCAGACGAUUUAAGUGUAGAAACAAAUGCUGUUGAAAAGAAGUCUAUUUCUCGACCAUGUACGGUUAAUUACUGUCAUUGCUGGAACCUUUGUCUGCUAAGUAUUGGAAGUAGAGCCCAGACAUUAGACCGUAUCUGGGGAAUAACACGUCACAGUGGGACAUACCAAACCCAGAAAUUAGCCAGUGUUCAGGGAACUCAAAUGGGCAGGAUUAAACCCAGGAAUGAGCCAGUAUGGAUGUCAGAAGCUGGCGUGGUCUACAUGAGCGUAUUAGGGGGUGAGAGCCCAGACAUAGCCAGUAUCCAAAGACCGUUCCACAUCAUUCCCACCUGGUAUGGUGGAAGUGGCGCCGCCGCUUCUUGGACUGGGCUGGAACUGAGGGUGGGGGAGGGGGCAUGUCAGACAUUUGCAAUCUGUGAUUGCUGUGUAGUAUUGAUCAUUGUUCAUUGAUAGAUCUUUGUGGAUAGAAGAAGGCGCUCAUGAUGCUCGUCACCUUCAGUAACGUUUGCUCGGUGGAGGUUAAGUGCAAUCUUAUUUAUUAUCAUUUCUGUCCCACUGAUAAGGUGUCAAAGUACAUUUAGUAGCAUAACGGAAGGAAAAGUCUUAUUUUUCUAAGCUUGUGGCUGAGGAAGCUUUACUUUUUGAGGUGGUGAAGCACCGUCAAUGUUUUACUGUGUUUUAUCUUUUUGGACAAAUAAAAGCAUUACUCCACA